AUGGGAAUGGCCCUUACUCAAGUCAUCCGCAUCUCAUAUCCUACAAUCGCUAAUAUUCGUAGUUAUUGUGAUUAUGAACUUGGCUAUUGCUGCAAACGAGAUCAACAGUCUACUCUUGUUGAACAUUAUUUAGUACAUACUUUUGGGAAAGUACCCUACGAGGUCAAUACACGCCCGGGGUGUGAUAAAGACCAGUAUAGAUGCACAAUGUACACUGUCUACGCCUUUUCUGUAGGCUUUUUAAAAAGCAAGUUGCGUAGCAGCCAGGCCUUUACAGCUGCGAUGAUUGGCAACUCCGACGAUCGUGGUAGUGUCAGAGAUUUCGCUUCAACUACUGAGCUGGCAAUGUUGAUGGGAAUACCAGAGGAGUGCUAUCUUUUCGAGGGGGUAGUCAUUGCUUUGGAUGUGAUGAUCGUCCUUAACUGGAUAAAAAUACUUGAGCUGGCAUUGACAAAGAGGAAAUGGCUUCGGAUGUUCCUGAAAAUAAUCCAGAAUUGA